GUCUGCAGCAGAAGCAGAGUGGUCACCGGUGUGAGAGGAAGAACAGCAGAGUGGGACAGAAGACAUACAGGCAACAUCAGGUGACCAGAGCGACCAAAGGCUCCAGAAACAGAGGAAGAGAGAGAAAGGAGAGAGGGGGAGGAGAGGAGAAGAAGAGAGUGACAGUAGAGAGGGAGGAAGCAGCAGCGACCUCCUACCCAAAAAUCUCGGAAGCAAACCCAUAAAAUGAAUUCGGACUCCAGUCCGAGCAGCAGAGCCUCUUCCCCGGAUAUGGACGGCAUGUUUCUCCGAGACCACCACCAGCACCAUCAUCAUCACCAUCACCACCACGUCGGCUCCUCUGUAUCCUCCUCCACCCAGAGCGGUGAGCAGCGUCAGAAGAUGACCGGCGGCGAGCACCUGCGCUCCGGCGACGGCAAGUCACCGUCCGUGGGAAGCAGCAGCAGCAGCAGCAGCAGCAGCAGUAGCAGCAGCAACAAGUACAAACUCAAGAAGCAAGUCACUGAGGAGGAAAUGUAUCAACUCCGUCUCAAGAUUAAUGGCCGGGAGCGGAAGCGCAUGCACGACCUCAACCUGGCCAUGGAUGGCCUGCGCGAGGUGAUGCCCUACGCACACGGGCCCUCCGUGCGGAAGCUGUCCAAGAUCGCCACGCUGCUCCUGGCCAGGAACUACAUCCUGAUGUUAACCAGCUCCCUGGACGAGAUGAAGCGGCUUGUGGGGGAAAUUUACGGAGGACAACACUCGGCUUUCCACUGUGGCACCGUGGCGCACGGCCCCGGCGCCGGUGGACACUCCGGUGGUCCCGCAGCUGCUGCAGCCGCCGCAGCCGCCGCUGCGCACCAGGUGCACCCGCUCCUUGGGAGCGCGCUGUCCUCCUCCACGUCCUCCACUCUGUCGAGCGCGCUUCCAGGGCUCACGUCUAUCCGAGCCCCUCACACUCUGAUGAAGGGCUCUCCAGCUGCGCCCCCGGCCCUGCAGCUGGGCUCCGGCUUUCAGCAUUGGGCCGGACUGCCGUGUCCUUGCACCAUCUGCCAGGUGCCCCCUCCUCCGCACAUCCCCAUCACCUCCACUGGCCUCACGAGACUCACAGGGGAGGGAAAGGACGGAAUGAAAUGAUGUCUAACAGAAAGCAAAGACUGAACGAUGUAAUGAUGUUUGUAAAUAAUUAUAAAUAGAGAAUUCAGGGCAUGAGGGGGGGAUUUUGCCUUACUGGUGCAUGUUAUUGUUAUGUCUGUUUUCUUGUUAAACGUAUGAGAAAAAAUAUUUCCUCCUUGUAACAAGGACUUAUAUAAAAAAAACUGCUGAUUUGCCAGUUGAAGGUUAUAAGGAUAAAGUUGCAUCAUGCAACAAAAUGCCGCCUCCCGGGCUUAAAUAUUAUUUCACGCCACGUGAAAAGUGUAGGAGGCUGCAUGAACAUUUUGAAUUAAUUUUUUAUUGUUAUUAUCAGGCGUCAUUUUGUGAAAACGAAGAAUGCUCUCUGUGCCUUGUACCAAGGAUUUUAAACUUAUAUGAAAAUGAUGACAUUCAUGGGUUUGGCAGAAAGAACUGCCAGCGCAGAAAUCUGUUUUCAAAUCUAAGUUCUUAGAUUUUUAUUGGGUGGCUCAUUGUGCGUCCAUUUGUGCUCUGAUUUACUUUAUUUGUUGUUGUUUUUGCAUGAUGGUGAAAGUAAUGAUGAUCAUAGCAUGAUUGUUCUAUUGCUUUUUCUUAACUGAAUUGCCCAGAGACUCAAUGUCUUUAUUUUUGUACAUUGUUGAUGACUGAUAAAAUAUUUAUUAUUGCCCAG